AUGGAAGAAGAACCGUUAUAUGUCAAUGCCAAACAAUACCAUCGUAUCCUAAAAAGACGUGCUGCUCGUUUAAAACUUGAAGAAAUGCAUAAAUUAGAGAGAACACGAAAACCUUAUCUCCAUGAAAGUAGACAUAAACAUGCUAUGCGUAGACCAAGAGGACCUGGAGGACGAUUCUUGAGUAAGUUAAAUAUCAUGCGGUAG